GGCAACAUGUCCCAAUCUUCUCUUGAUCAUCUUGCAAUGACAGUUGGACAUGCAGCAGAGUUUCAGGGGGUGCGUUAAUGCCAUGCAGAAGCUGGAUACACAGAAGGAUCCAUACAAUCGAUACCUCCAUGCUUCUUAACUCGCUGCAAAUACCUUUACGAGCAAGCAGUGUGAACCCGGCUGGCCGUAUGUUAUCAGAUGGCGUCGUUGUGAUAGCUUGCGUGGAAACUUCCAGCGGAAUUUCUCUCGAAAUAAUAGCAAAUGCUUGAUGUAGUUGUGACAGAAGAGUUUGUGCGCCAGGAACUUAUUAAGCUUGGGCCAGAUGCGAGCCAUGAUUGGUGGCAUAUCGAUCGAGUCAGAAAUUUGGCCUUGUCUUUAGCAGAACAGGAAAAUCUGGAGGAAGCCUCGCUAGAAAUCAUAGAGCAUGCCUCUCUUCUGCAUGAUGUGGCUGAUUGGAAAUACAGCGGCUGCAAAGAUGCUGGCAGGACUACUGUCCAGGCAUUCUUGGAGUCACAGAAUGUGAAGCCGGACCAGAUGAAUUCCAUUCUGGGGAUCAUUGCUGGCAUUGGCUUUAAGGAUGAGCUGGCAAGCGGCUGCCAGCAUGUCACAAGGGAGCUUGCUGUAGUGCAGGAUGCUGACAGGUUGGAUGCUAUCGGAGCUGUGGGCAUCGCCAGAUGCUUCACAUAUGGGGGAUGUUUUAAAAGGGUGUUGCAUGACCCCUCAGUGAAGCCCAGGGAUGGGUUGACAAAGCAGGCCUACAUGGACAAGAGCUUCCAGCAGACCACCAUCAACCAUUUCCACGAGAAGCUGCUUAAACUGAAGGACAUGAUGAAGACAAAUGCGGGCAAGCGCAUGGCGCAGCACAGGCAUAGGUUCAUGGAGGAGUUUGUCACUGAAUUUUACAGAGAGUGGGAUGGAUUAUUAUGAACCUGUGCCAUGUUUCUCACAGUCUGCAUUUUAGACUCUGAGUACUGAGUAGUAGUGUUGAGAUUUCAUCCAUUCCGGCGUUUCCUGCUACUUUCUAAAUUUACAGUGCCAUGGCUGUUGGACUCCCAGUACACAUGUACAUCGACUAUUGUCUACAACAGCCUCGCGUGUUGUUGACCUUAUGAUCAAGCCC